AUCAUGACCUAUUUCGACUCUCCACAAAAUUUCGUUCGUGGGCUCAAAGCGCCAGUCGACCCACCCAAGCAGGGAGACCCCGCCAAAAUCGAGAUCGCACUUGAAGCAUGGCAUACCCCAUCCUUCGUUGUACCUUCCAAAGCCGAAUACAUCAUCGAAUUUAUCCUCACCCGUCUCCUCAAAGACCGGAGUCAUGACCCACAUACCAACUCCAACCCAGUAGUCGAUGUUCGAUACUGGUCACUCUUAGCUGAUAUUCUAUAUCCUAUCAACGCCGCUUCCCCUCACGAAAACAUCAAGUUAUACAAAUCAUGGCUUUUACCUUUACUGAAUCGAACACCGUUCGCACCCAUCAUCGUUUCUCUCCUGGCGCUUUCAGUUUCCAAAGUUCUGGAUGAGGAGAAGAGGAGGAAGUUGUACCAGUCUUCAAACCGCGCAUUUGUGGUACUAUGGCCCCUUGCUGUCAGCAAGCUCACUGCGGACGCAUUGAUGGACUGUUUUGGAGCGCUUGUGGGCGUGUUAGCGAAGGAGAAGAGCACAAGUGAGGACUUGCAAGUCAUGGGCAGUAUGAUUGUUUCUGCAUUCCGGAGCUCAUUAGGAAACAUAUCGAGCAAACGGAAGCUUUACCAGACCUUUACCCAGUCUCACCUCGAAAGUUGGCUCUCUUCAGCUCUACAGCUAACAUCUAUCUCUAUCACUCGGGAAACAGAAGGAGCCACUUCCACAACGAAGCCGGAAUCCCUCUUCCGCGAGAUUUACACCGUCGGGACCGAUGUCCUUUUCAACCCUGACACCCUUCGCGCACAGUUUUCUGAAAGCUCGUCUUCGUCUUCGUCCUCGUCCUCCCCGUCAUUCUUCUCGCCAUUCCUUUCACUCUGCUCCUCGAAGGCCCAGCUAUCUCUCCCUUUACUCCCCCAUCUUCUUGAGUCCUUCGCAUCUGCGCUUCGCAAGUAUAGGACGACGUUAUUUGGAGCAGGAGAGGCUGGCGUGACAGACGUCAGGAGCAAGGCGUUCGGCUUUUUUGAAGCCUGUGAGGGUGCUCUGAAGGAAGUGGAGAAGCGUGCAAAUAAGGUCGAAGCGGUGCUGGCGUGGCGUACGAGGGUGGAACUGUUGAAUGUCGUUGAGAGGGAGAGGUUAUUUGUGGGUGGGAUGGACGAGGCCGAGGUAUCACUGAAAAAACUCGUUGAAAAGGCUGUAGAAGUUAUUUCUACUUCAUAUGAAGAGAUAGGACUGCAUACGGGAGCCCUCGAAUCUCUAUGCGCCAUCUCUCGAAUCGACCGUGACCUAGUCGACUCCUCCGUCCCGUCCAUCCUGUCAUCCAUCAUCAUCCUUCCCCUGACCUCUCCCAACACCUCGGCGUCUCAAUUACCACAGUCUCUAUCCCUCGCCACAUCAACCCUUCUCUCCCUCAUCCUUAACUACCACACUCAAACACGUACUCUCCCGACCCACUUGGCCCGCCUCCUUGCCGCCCUCACUCCACCUUUCUCUACAUCCAUCAUUUCCCAAUCGGCUGAGCCAGAAAAUGUUUAUCAUGCUCUAUCAAUGAGCCCCAGUCUCUCGCGCGAUCACCUCUCCAAACUGUCAAGAGCAUGCAGAACGUUCAUAACCCCUGGCCAAGCUCUCAGCACCGCAGAAGAAGUAUUAGGGUCUUUGGAAGGAGCAUGGGAUAGUUUCGUGAAGGCUGCGGAAUCGAGUUCGGGAACAGAGAAAAAGAAAAAGAAGAGGAGAAAAUCCGAGAACCUGGACGAAGACGAUGCCAUGGAUGUGGACGACCUUGCAGGUAGUGGAAGUGAAGAGUGGGGAAGUAAGGAGGCGUGGGCGAUUGGCUUUGCUUUGGAGGGGAGGAUUGUAGAAUCUGUUCUCCUCUUGUUGCCCAUGCGGAACGUCCCGGAGGACGUAGCGGAGACGAUUAGAACGGUCGUAAGGAAAAGUACAGGAGGGUUCAUGAGGGAUGCGAUUCGAGGUGGUGUGGGUGCAGGGCAGGAUGCGGAAAAGAUCGACGUAGACGGAGAAGAGGGAGGGAAGAAGAGGAAGCGGAAGAGAGUUGUUGGUCAGGAAGGUGGGAUAAAAUCGGGGUGGGCAGGGCAGGUCGUUGCAGCGGCCAGCUUGAGAUUAACUUAUGCAGUUGAGGGCGUUGCGGAUCUUGUGGUCAACCCCGGGCGCGAGCGUGACGAAGAGAAUCUGGUUGAGGAUGCGGCCCUUGAAAGUGCGAUGCUGAACACGGUAGGGGACGAUGGAUCGUUACCAGAGUUGAGGCUCGAACUAUUCCGUACCCUGUUCAAACGAGCAUCACACCCAGCCUUUGCUCACCGCUCGCCCCUCAUUGAACAUGCUCUGACUCAACUUGAACGGAUCAUCUACCAAUCGACACCAAGUCGCACGCAAUGGUCCGGAAGAUCCUCACAAUUGAGUCACGGAGAUGAGGGUGCCUCUUUGGCUGCCAUUGGUCUCUUACGAUUGGUGAUGGACCGAUUUUUGGACAUCUUCGAUGUCUACGCAUCCACGGAGCAACGCGAGAAGCUCGUCAACAUUCUCUUCACCAUCAGCGGUACGAAAUCCCAGACGAGCGUGGCGCCGGCGCCACACGGACCAGGACUGACGCCCGCGGGAGUUUUGACGGAAACCCUUCGCUCUGCGGAUUUCUGGGAGAGGUCAAAUCUUCGAUCUGCGCUUUUGUCCACUCUAACGGCUAGGACAGCUUCCCUAGACUCUGUCGAUGUUUCACAGGUUCUCUCUCAUCACUCGUCAUCUUCUCAGUCAACCUCCAAGAAGUCUAAAAAAACAAAGUCAGCCUCUUUGACGGAAGAGCAGGUCAGGAAUGCUGCGAGCGCGUACUCAUUCCUUUUGUACGCGCCUAGCGAGUACGUCCCUCGGUCGGCGAGAAGUGAAUUGUUGAAGAGAGCUGUGGCCUUGGAUGGCGUUGUCAUGCUGACUCCGGCAGACGACAGUGAGGCUGGGGAUGCGAUCAUUGGCCGGGAGGUCUUACUGGCAUCGAUACGUACGUUUUUGUUGAGAUCGUUCGUUCAUGUUGGUGCCGCCGACCACCAGUUCCUCGGAGAAUAUUUGCGACAUCUUGUCAUGAGUCGCGGUGCGCUUUCCAAUGUGUCAACGCAUACCUUCGUUACUUUGGAUUUAAUUCAGAUUCAUCUCUUGACUGUCACUCGCAUGGCCGAAAAGGAGGAUGGAGGGAAGCAUUUGCUAGAUGUUAUCGAAUGCUGGACACGCAUACCGUUCCAUGACCAGUCAUCGAUUCAAAAAAAGAGUGCACUGGGCUUGAUUGCAAUGUUGCGGAGCGAUUUUACCUAUUCGAGCUUCCCAACAACUGUUCAGUCAGCACUUCAGAAGCUGUUGCACCAUAUUACAGAGGGUGUAAGGCCCGCUGUUGAAGAUGUCGUUGCGCAGAAGGUCUUCGAUGAGGAGACUUUGGAUGCUUGGUGUAAAUGUGUCCUGAUGGCGAAGUGGACGGGUAGUUCAGACGUACCUUCCCCUGGGCUUGGGAAAAAACUAGCCCAUAUCUUAUCCUCGAAGUCGUCUUCCGGAACUCAAUCCCAACCUAUGUCAAUCGUGACGUGUAAAGCGGUCUUUUCCGUGAUGCUGAGCGAACUUGACUGCUGCAUUGAGGAUAGGGAGUCUCAACUGGGGACCAUCGUCGCGGCCUAUGUGCUAUUCUCGAGACUCUGCGAACCCAAGGAACAAACACAGUUCGAUGAAGAUGUGGCGAGGACGUCUCGAGGGCUGUCUGUCCCUGAGUACUCGUUCGUAUUGGACCUCGUGUCCGAGUCUCUAGCACCAGGGACAUCGGAGCAAGAUCUCUCAUGCUUAGUCCAUCUGUCUACCUUGCUCCUGCAUGAGACUCCCGAAGGCACAAUGAAAGUGGUACAAUCCUACAUGACGAAAUGCCUCGAUACAUUCGUCAAUGACGAGAAGUUUUACUCUGGAUCACCAUCUCUUCGGCAUCAAGUCCUGACGCUGCUCAAUCGGCAAUGUUCUGAUAACCCUGCCUCGAUCCGCUCCUCAAACCUUCCCGCCAUCUGGACCCUCCUCUCCAAGUUCCUCUCCCCCAGCGCGUCAACGUCUUACCACGACCCCCAAACCCAUCCCGAAACGUUCCACCUCCUCACUUCAAUCAUUAGCGCCCUCAUUCGUCUCCGUCGUGAUCUUGUCCUCACAACACUUCCACAUCUCUGCCUUAUCCUCCGCCGACUCAUUUUCACCCUCCGCACACCUCGCCCUCAACUCGGCCGCAAGCAAUACUCCUUCGUCGUAUCUGGUCUUCCCCAAUGGAUCAAUCCAUCAGAUCGACCCCUCGGGCCCGAAGAGUCAAAAGCACUCGCGAGACUGCUCACCACACUCUCCACUAAAAGCGUCAUUCGCACCUACACCAAUAAUGCCACACAUGGGACUUCGGCGCCAUCGACAGAUACACAAAAGCCCGAAUCCCUUGCUCGUCCGCUGAGCAAACACGUUGCCUACGUCCUCCAAGCUUACAUCGAAGUCGUCAACGAUCCGCUAUGCGUGUUCUCUAGCGAGAUGAGGAAAGAGUUGAUGCCGGGCUUGUUCGUGCUCUGUGGGAUUAUGGGGGAGCAUGCGAGGGACGCGUUGAUGAUUUCGGCGCUGGAUGGGGGCGGCAAGAUGGUACUGAAGGGGGUUUGGAAAGAGUAUGAGAAGCAGAAGUACGUUGGCAAGGGGUGAGGGGAGAGGUAGUUUGUUGUUGUGGUUUGUAGAUACUGUACCAGACGGGGGACUCAGUCUGUCUGAAAAGCAUAUGGUUCC